AACGGGUGGUGGCUACAGCGCAUGCGCAAUUAACGGCUUGGAUUUCCGGCGGGAGAACAGUGCUUGGUCGACGGAUCACAGUGCAGUGGACUGCCCUCCAUUUGCUUUCUUGCAGACGUGGGGAGAGAAGAGCAACCGACACUCUGAUCUGCGGACACCAUCAUAAACAAUUGUUUUUUGAAAAUGUCGGCCACUGCUCCUGUGGCUCCACGAUCAGCGACAUGGAGGGAAAAAGAGGUAUUGGACCUCCUUUCUUUCUGGGGGGAGGACAAGAUACAGGAAGCCCUUAGAAGCUCCCACAGGAACUUAGACAACUUUGAAAAAAUUUCCAAAAUGAUGUCCUCGCGUGGUCAUCGGCGCACUGCAUUGGAAUGCAGGAACAAAACAAAAAGUAUGCGGUUGGAGUACAAGCGCGUCAUGGCACACAAUUCCACUUCUGGAAACGGCCCCAUUACAUGUCCUUUUUUUCGUGAGCUGGACAGUAUUCUAAGAGGGGACGCAAGUGUUAAACCUAAACGGAUAGCGCGAAGCAUUUCUUUUGCCCAAGGACCCCCGCAGAUAAGCGCCCCCAGGGAAGUGAUGGAGGGAUCGGAGGAACUCUUCUCGCACGACAUGCAGACGAUAGAUGCUGCACCGCUGUGGUGCUCUUCUCCAAAUCCCAUGGCAGCACCGCAGAACUCGUCAUCAUCCACCGAUGCCAGUGAAGAGGAUCUUGACCGCACCAUAGAUGGACUUGCUGACAAGGAAAACGACACUACAGGUGCAAACGCAAUGGAGGACGACGACAGUGAUUCAGACCUUCCCCUGGGGCAUCGUUCACGCUAUAACACGGGUAAGCUUAGUUGAUCUGCAGAAUCUAAAAGAGUCCAGUUGCACCUAUGAGAAGAGACAAUUGCAGAGUGGCAUAAGCUCUCCUGAAUCACGUUAUCUUUGUCUGACAUAUGAAACAGAGCAUGGUCAAAUAUAG